AUGUCUGACAAGAACACCAAGUCCGUCGUCGACGAGACGCCCAUCACCCACCCCGCCGGCGAGCGCAAGAACUCGCUCGAGGCCCACCUCCAACACCGUCCCGAUCGCGCCGAGUUGGUCGAGAAGAACAUCUUGCCCGCCUCCAACGCCGCGCCUAGCUUGAUCGCCCACCAGAAGGAGCUUGAGAAGCACAUGCGUGCAGACUCCCUCAACGACAAGAUCUCCCACCGUCCCGCCCCCGAGGAUCUCAUCAAGGAGGGCGUGCUGAAGGAGGACCCUCGCAGCGCCGACGACAAGUAUGCCGAGGCCAUCGAGGACGAGUACGCCAAGCGCGAGGGUGGCGCGUGA